CUCUCAUUUUCAUCCUUGUAUUGCAGAGAGUUGGACUGAGUGAUCAGAAGACAAAAUGAAGACUUGCCUUAUGCUGUUCCUUCUAGCCUGCUUUGUGACUUAUUCGGAGUCAGCAUUGAGCUGCUUCAGUUGCACUGAUGCCGAUACCAACCUUAAAUGUAAUCUUCAUGUGCCUGACGUGUGUGCUUCAGGCCAAGUGUGUAGAACUUCCACCUCCUCUGUAGGUGGCAGCUACAAGAUUAAUAAAGGGUGUGCUGACAAAACACAAUGCGAUAUUCAGUCAGUCUUUGGAAGCGUUAACGUAGUUGUGGCGAGCACAUCAGUGAAAUGCUGUGAUAAUUUCAUGUGCAAUAUAAACGGCUCCACGACUGCCAGAAUGAACCUCCUGCUUCUGGUGCUCUCAGCGCUUGUCCUUUUAGUUGUUGGCAACAUUACAAAAUAGAUCCAGUUACUAUGAGGUCUGCUGUAAAAUUAAAUUUGAGGUUUGAUUUUAUCUAUAAAGAGCUUUUCCAUUUUCAUGCUUUCUUCACUGCUUUGGAAAAUGUGGAUGCAAUUGUAUAAGGUCAUUUUCAAAAAUGGUACAGUAAACCAAAGAUUGUUUUAUUUCUUUUUUCAUUUUUAACAAACACACAGCAUAUUGUCAGAUCUUACUUUAUCUAAUAAAUGAUGGACUCCAUAUAAAACUAAA